AUGACAAUACCAAUGACUCCAAACCUACAACAGAAUGGCGAGCCGGACGUGGUAUCACCCGUUGGCAAUGUAUCCAAUGUCCUGCCGCAAGAUGGCAAGGCAUGGUGGAAGAAGCCCCAUCUGCUGAAGUUGAACUUCUACAUCUUCAGCUUCAUUCUCUUUUCCUCCUCGAAUGGCUACGACGGAGCAUUGAUGAACGGUCUCCAGGCUCUACCACUCUGGCAGGAUUUCAUGGGGCACCCAACUGGAGCCUGGCUGGGAUUCAUGAACGCCUGUACGUCGUUAGGUGGUGUUAUCAUGGCCUGGCCUUCUGCAUGGGUGUCUCAGAAAUGGGGUAGGAAAUCCGGCAUCUAUCUAGGAUAUGUCUUCCUGGUUGUCAGCGUGAUCUUGCAGACGGUGGCGCCGAACCCCGCUGCCUUCAUUGCUGGAAGAAUACUGAUCGGUUUCGCUGGUCAGCUUUAUGGCAACUCUACUCCGCUCUUGAUCGCUGAAACUGCGUAUCCCUCCCACCGAGCAAUUGCCACGGCCUUGUACAUGUGCGGGUGGUAUAUCGGAAGCUUGAUUGCGGCGUGGGUCACCUUCGCAACACGACACUACAGCACAGACUGGAGUUGGAAAACCCCCGUCCUGCUGCAAAUCGCAAUCCCCGUGUUCUCGUUACCAGGUGCAAUACUAGCCCCCGAGAGCCCGCGCUGGCACGUCGCCGAAGAUCGACUCGAUAAAGCCACCGACACCCUGGUCAAGCAUCAUGGAGGGGGUAUCCGAGACGACGUUAUCAACUUCGAAAUCCAAGAGAUCGUGUCCACGCUCCAGAGCGAGAAGGAAGUGGCGGCAACAACCUCGUGGAACAGCCUCAUCCAGACAAAGGGAAACCGCCACCGCAUGUUCAUCACUGUCUCGCUCGGGUUCCUCGCCCAGUGGAACGGCGUGAACGUCGUAUCUUACUAUUUCGUUAUGAUGCUCGAGGCGGCGGGGAUUCGGUCUUUGGAUCACCAGACUCUCCUCAAUGGGUGUAUGCAGAUCUGGAACCUAGUUUUCGCCGUCGGCGCUGCAUUCUCUGUUGAUCGUCUGGGCCGCCGCAAGCUCUUCCUCAUAUCCAACGGGGGGAUGGUCAUCAGCUACAUCUGCAUUACCGCGCUCUCAGGAGUCUAUGCGAGAAGCGACGCUGCGCCAGUCGGAACGGCCGUCAUCCCGUUUAUCUUCAUCUUCUACGCUUUCUACGACAUUGCCUACACCCCCCUCCUCGUCGCCUACCCCGCCGAAAUCUGGCCAUACACAUUCCGAUCCAGGGGAAUAGCCGCGACACAACUAUGUACCCAAGCAUCCGUGGUACUAAAUGUUUUCAUCAACCCGAUUGCGCUGGAUGCUAUCGCCUGGAGAUAUUACAUCGUGUUUGAUGCUGUCCUUUGCGUGGCUAUCCUGACGGUCUGGUUCUUCUAUCCUGAAACAAAGGGCCACACGUUGGAAGAAAUGGCGGUUGUUUUUGAUGGGCCGGAUGCGGCGGUUUAUGGGACCGGUAAGGGGGCUGUUGGGGAUCAGCUGGAUAAAGGGGAUCUAGGAGUGGACGUUGUGCAUGAUGAGGGCCUGGAUGAUCAUGCUACUACUCCAGAUGUCGCCAAAGAUUCGUCUACUCGGGGCUAA